AUGGUUCGAGUGAAGGUCCGUGUGUUUACGUUCCCAUCCGACCCAAGGAAGCAGAACUCGUAUGUCGUCGGUACCAUUGAGGGUGGGUUGCUGCCUGUUGUGGGCACGCUAAACUUGGAUGAUAAGGAGGCUGCCACGGUGACGUUCACUCAGCUGCGAGUGCGCAUCGAGCUUGUACAGAUCAACGACGUGAUCCGACGCAGCAUCAUGUUCCAGGAAGUGCUGGCACUCGUCGCGACGUCUUCGAACCCGCACAAGUGGCCACCUAACGCUAUGCAAACCUACUGGUUUGGUCACUUCAAGGACGAGAGUGAAAGUGUUCCACAUGUCAUUGCGGCCGCCGACGAGGACUGUCCUAUCAGUCAGUACUUAAACAUGACGACGUCUAAGCUAAUGGGCGACUUAAUCCUUAUCCCGCAGACACAGCUUGGUCCUGUUUGUGAACAAUGCUGCGAAGGCUGUACACUCUGUCCACCCAUUCAAAGCAGCAGCAAACAGUGA